CAUUUCGGACUUCAGUGCAGCGCACUAGGGGCGGGCGGCGGCGCUGCGGCGCGUCCUGCCAGUAAAUAUACUUGUUUUUAGACUUGAUUUUUUUACAGCUACUCGGGUAGUUGUUUAACUAGCUAAUGAUAAUUUAUCUAAGGAUUUAGACUGGUUUUCACUGGGUAUUUACUUUGCCAGCGUAAGAUUAAGAAAAAAAACACGGUAAUUUUGAAGGCCGUAUAUUUUAAAUUGUUGUUAUUACUCCGUGUCUGUUUUAAGUGAAAUACACAGCGUCCACUUUCAGAGCUCGGGUGGUCGGCAUAUUUUAACAGGAAAGAGAAGCGAACUACGGGACGCCCGUGGAAGUUGAAACUAAAGGCGAGGUGACAGCGGACUGCAGACAGAAAACAGCCCGGGGUCUCAGACACCAGAGCAAGCAAAUGCGCCUGUGGAGGCACGGCUGACACGAGAGGAGGGGCGCCGAGACCCUAAAUCUGACUGCAGGAGCCGGGGGAAGGGGGUCAUGGAAACACGGGCAAUAGGCAGAACCAAGCCGGACCGUGCAGAAAAUGACGGCAGUGAAGAUCAGGGGGAGAGUUCAGGUGAAAAUAUCAUUGAAGCACCGACACCGAAAGUAAACCCUUGGACAAAGAGGCAGUGCGACUCCGAUGACACUAGAAACGCCAGCAUUCAGGAAUCAGGGAAGAAAAGUCCAACCAGAGUCAUUCGUGCUGGCAAGCCCAAAGCUAGGAAACCGAGCAAGCCAGGCGACUUCAGUGACAACAGCAACUGGCCCACACCUGCAGAACUUGCCCAAAAAGAGCAUCAAGACACCCUCAGCAAUCAAGCCAGGAAGGGACCCCUGGCACGACGGAACGACAGGGUGGAGAGCAAGACGGGUCACACCGAGGGCAAGGGGAACCAGGAGGGCAAGGAAGAGACAACCAAGGCGAAUACACAUAAUGGAGUAGUAAGGAGCAGAGGGGGCUGGAGGAGGGAACACAGGGAGGAUAAGGAUGAGGGUUCCAGCGUGCGUAGUGAUGAUGACACUGUGCGUGGAGGUUUCCGUGGGAGAGGCCGGGCUCACAGCAGAGGAAGAGGGCGCGAUCGAGGCAGUUCGCACAGCGCACACAGACACAGUUACAGCACCAGGGAGCCCCGUCCUCACGGAGCAGCCAUGCAGGCUCCCGCCGAGUACAACACCAACAUGAUGUAUUACUAUGACGACGGCACCCAGGUUCAGAUGUACACCGUGGAUGAGAAGUUACUGAAAGAGUACAUCAAGCGGCAGAUUGAAUAUUACUUCAGCCCAGACAACCUGGAGAGAGACUUCUUCUUGAGGAGGAAGAUGGACAAACAUGGCUUCCUCCCUGUCUCCUUGAUCGCCAGUUUCCGCAGAGUGCAAGCACUGACCACGGACAUCAACCUCAUCUAUACGGCUUUAGAGGGCAGUACAGAAGUGGAGCUGAUUGAGCAGAAGAUUCGCAGAAGAGCGGAGCCUGAGCGCUGGCCAAUCCCGGGCCUGCCUGCUGUGACCACGCCCCCUACUGACUUCUCUCAGCUUGUCCACUGUCCUGAGUUUGUCCCCAGACAAGGGCCUUUGGCUUGUCCCGCUUUGCCCCUCAGCCCCCCACCAUCCCGAGUGGCUGACGACACCCAGCUGACCCCUAGCCCACCCAGCAGCCUGACCCCCCCUUCUGAGGAGCCCUCCACCUGUCUGCCCACCCCAGGAAAGCCCGUGGACAACUCUGCAGUGGCGUGUCAUGCCAGCCAGGGGGAGCCAGAGCAGGAGGAGCUAGACUUCCUGUUUGACGACGAGAUGGAUCGACUGAAACUGCGCAAGGGCACCUUCUCCAGCUGCUCCGAGGACGACUCUGACUACGAGCUGGACGACCGCGACGUCAACAAGAUCCUGAUCGUCACGCAGACGCCCCCGCACCUACGAAAGCAUACUGGUGGGGGAAACCAUGUGACCCGCGCCAAGAUCACCCCGGACCAGGCCAAGGCCAUCAAUGACGGGCUGCACUGCUAUGAGCAGGACCUGUGGAUGGAGAAGAGCCAGGCAGACGUCCCAGGCAGCAAGGAGGAGAUGGAAGACUUCAAAACGUUACAUCUGGCCAGUAAAGAUGACGUCGUUCACCUGACUGGAGAAUCUCCUGUCAAUCAAAGACAGGAGGCCCUGCCCAGUGUUUCUCAGACAGGUGGCUCAGCCAGCAGCCUGAACGGUGGGGAAGCCCUGAUCGCAGGUGUGGCCCAGUCCCUUCCAGCCGCAGUGCCCAAAUCCCCCAAGAAGCCGUGUGCCGUGGGCACGCCCAGCCGGCACGAGCCAAGCAAGACGCCCCGCUUCUACCCCGUCAUCAAAGAGACUGGCAAUAUUGACAGAAAGACUCCUCGAAAGAAGAAGACGAGGCACAGCUGCAACCCCCCACUGGAGAGUCACGUGGGCUGGGUGAUGGAUGCGUGUGAACACAGACCUCGGAGCUCCUCGCUCAGUAGCUCCAGUGUAUCUCCCGCUGAUGGGCCCCCCCUGGUUGGGAGCCAGGGCUGCAGCCCUAGCUCUCUGCCUCAGUUCCAACACCCGUCCCACCGACUCCUGCAGGAUAACGGCUUCACACAGCAGGUUUACCACAAAUACCGCCGCCGAUGCCUGAGCGAAAGAAAACGGCUGGGAAUUGGUCAGUCGCAGGAAAUGAACACUCUGUUCAGGUUCUGGUCGUUUUUCCUGCGUGAUCACUUCAACAGGAAGAUGUACGAGGAGUUCAGGCAGUAUGCGCUGGAGGAUGCUAUGGAAAACCACAGGUAUGGGCUGGAAUGCCUCUUCCGCUUCUACAGCUACGGUCUGGAGAAGAGGUUCAGGAAAGACAUUUUUCAAGACUUCCAGGAAGAGACCCUGAAGGAUUAUGAGAAAGGUCAACUGUAUGGGCUGGAGAAGUUCUGGGCUUUCCUGAAGUACUCUCAAAGCAAGAACCAGCCAACUGAACCCAAGCUGCAGGAACACCUGGAGAAGUUCAAACACCUGGAAGACUUCCGGGUCGAUGUAAGGGUGUGUCUGUGCUCAGCCCCCUAUGGGAGAGGAGGCGGACAAAAGACGCUCAGGAGAUGAAGAGGAAAGCUCACAGACGCGGGCCCUUUCCUGUGCCCCCCCAGGCCCUCCAUCUGAGCCGAUCUGCUCCAAUACCCUGCUGGAGUCACCACACAAGAAAGGCGUGGACUGACUGAGAGGCCCAUCCUCCGUGAAAUCGGCCCCACGUGCCUGAAAUCGGGCAUGUGCCCUGCCUGCGAUGCCACAUUCGGCCUGAUGACGGCCCUGCUCUGAGCUUUCAAAGCAAGGCCUGUCUGUCUGCAGGCAACUGGGCUGACAGCGCAAGGAAUUUUUACUGUUUACCAUUUCAUCACUUAAUGACGUACUCAUUAGUUCAUUUCAUUUAUUAGAUGCAGUUAAUAUCAAAAUUAUAUGGCGGAGGAUUUUAAGGAGAUUUAAGGCUCAUUUACCAAGAAGUGUUUCAGGAUCUAAUUAAACAAACAUUUAUUUUCAGUGCUCAGGACGUUUAAUGCUUUCUUUUUAAAAGAAUGUGCAGUUCCGUUCACAUGUGAUUUUAUGCAUAUGACUAUGGUGCUGUUUGGGGUUAAAAUGCCCCCACAGGUAGUUAAAAGUGGACAUGGGGUUGCGCAUCAGGCAAACGUUCAGCUAUAUGCAAAUGUGCAAAUGAUGACCAGAGCAUAGAUUUUUUUUUGUGGUUGUUUGAGGUUGAAUGAUUUCGUUUUAAGUAAAAUGGUCCGAAAUUACAUAUUUGAACAAAGGAUAAGUAAAAAAAUGAUCCCAUGAAAAUCCCAUUAACAUCAGUCCCGCUCAGUGCACUUUAACAAAAUGUUCGCUAAUUCUUUAAACCCUUUAAACUCAUAAUUAUUAUUUUUAUUUGGGAUGUUCUGAUUUGUUAUGAAAUGGGUUUGCAAGUUCCUUAGAGGUUUUGCAUGGUGUUUAUAUAUUUAUUUAUGAUUUAAGCAAAUGAGCACGAAUGACAAGCUUGUUUUGUGUGACAUUAAGACCAUCAUAUGAAGCGCGCUAUGAAACAUGAUUAAGUGUGAUUCGUAUGAACAGGCUGCGAUUGUGGGCUUUAAGGCUGCCAAAUACCCAGUGUCACGUGCCCGAAGUCUUGGCGUGAAUGUUGUAUAUAGGAGCAAUAGUGUUGAGUUUUAUCUCUGAUUGUUAAAGGAAAUGUAUGUUUUCUGUGGUAUGCAUGUUAAUCUGAAGUAUUUUUUCUAAAAGUAUAAAAAAUGCUCAUUAAAAACAACAAAAUGAUUUUCAGAAA